AUGCGCAGCUUUCAAAAAUUUCUUUCCUUACCGGCCCACGAUCUUUUGUCCAAAGCAAGAUUUAGUUGCCCUGUGUACAACGAAGUCAACAUUCAAAUGAUUGAUCGAUCCUUACAAGACCGUAUCUUUGGAAAGCGGAUUAUGAAAUAUGACAAAUCGUUACCCACUUUGAAGGCUUUGGCAUCUCAUGGUAUCAAUGCCAAUGAAAAGCCUUCUUCAGAGUUCUCCGUUAACCUUUUACUCCCUGAUCUUCUUGGAGAAAAUGUCGCAGAGCAUUUUGAAAAAAUUGCACAAGAACUCACUGCACCCUAUGUAAAAUUGAUUGACACAGCUCCAACUCAGUUACCCUCGCUACCGUCACGUUGGGAACUUAAUCCAGGAUGGACAAGAUAUCAGGAUGCCCAAGCGACCCGUGUACGCUGUCCACUUGAAGACUUACUGUUUUUUGAUGUUGAAGUCCUAGUUCAGGAGAGCAAUGCGCCCAUACUUGCUGUGGCCAUGUCACCAAAUGCUUGUUAUCUCUGGCUCUCCGACCGUUUGUUUGGCAAAGAACUCGUAAAUGGAAGACAAUGUGAACUGCCCCAGCUUAUACCAUUAUACUCUGGUGAAGUUGAAAGUACUUCGCCUAGACUGAUUAUAGGGCACUUUAUAAGUUACGACAGAGCCCGUGUCAGUGAUGAAUAUUUGCCUCAGCUCACGGGUCUGCGUUUUCUAGAUACUAUGUCGAUGCACAUAAGUGUUUCUGGCCUCACAACUACACAACGUAAUUUGAAACUAGCCUCAGACAAGCACCUGUAUAAUAACAAGCUCUGGAAAUCCUUUUUUCCGGGGUCAUCAUCAAGCGGCCAAUAUUUGCCUACAAAUGGAAAUGGCAUGUCAAAUGAACUUAAAUGGAUCACAGAGACAAGCCUUAAUGGUCUGGUAGAUGUAUAUAAGUUUUACUGUAAAAAGGAUCCGCCGCAAAAUAAAGACAAGCGUGCAGUCUUUGAGAAGGGUACAAUAGAAGAUGUGGCUAACAAUUUUCAGGAAUUGGCAACCUAUUGUGCUACCGACGUUUUGAUGACCUUUGACGUUUUCCGGAAGUUAUGGCCCCAAUUCAAACAGCGGUUUCCCCAUCCUGUAACCCUUGGCGGUUUGUUAGAGAUGGGUAGCAUGUACCUUCCGGUCAACCAGUCAUGGACUCGCUUUCAGCAAAAAGCAGAAAAGACCUACACAAGUCUUCAGGAGAAGCAACGUGAGAUGCUGAAGUGCUUAGCGGAGGAUGCCCUGCGGCGUCACUCUGGCCCUUCGAAAACCUACGAAGGCGACCCGUGGCUUUGGGACUUGGACUGGUCAACAACUACGAGACCGUCUAGCAAGACAGAAGCCGCUAAAGAAAUCGCCAAACUUCCAAAAUGGUACCGUGAGUUGAUUCCCAAACCUAUUAAAGACAACUACAAGAGUGGACCAGCUCUAAUUACUGCACAGAUGAAAAUUGCACCGAAACUUCUACGCCUCUGCUGGCAAGGUCUUCCUCUGCACUUCGAUCGGGAACUCAUGUGGGGUACGCUAAUACCUGGACGCAUACCAAAGCCAGUCGGUGAUCCGAGGUUCUACGAGCAGCAAGCUACAGGCAGCCGGAAAACCGCGUCCAAAUGCACGCCCGCACUUCUGCCCUCCAUCCCGGCAACCAAACGUACGGCUGCGGGAGUCCAGGAGUUGCAUUUUCCUUACAAGUGGGUACUGCCUUGGCAACAUUUACCAAGAGCUUUUCUAACUUUCACCUCUUGA